AAGGCUUGCCCAGCCGACCCGGAAAUUGCUAUAACAAUAUGUUUCGCUGGGGUCUUCCAAUGUACUCAUAGCUUGCCUCUAGUUGGAACACUGGUGCUGCAAAUCACCUCCUAGUUCCAUUCUCACUUAAGGCCCAAUCGCAAUGGCUUCCGAGCUGGAUCUGUCCACCAGCUUUAUCCCGGCUCUAUACAAGCCGGCCGCAUUGCUUCCAAUCGCAAGACACAAGCAGAGUUUAUUGUACCUGGUUGAGACGUAUCCGGUGACCAUCGUUGUUGGACAAACAGGAAGUGGGAAAACGACCCAACUACCCCAGUAUCUCGACCAAGCAGGGUGGUGUGCAGAUGGAAAGGCUAUAGCAGUGACACAGCCACGUCGGGUGGCUGCUACCACAGUGGCAGCUAGGGUAGCUGAGGAAAUGCGCUGCAAGCUCGGCGAAGACGUGGGCUACUCGAUUCGUUUUGAGGACUUGACCUCGGCUUCCACCAGGAUAAAGUUCCUUACAGAUGGAAUGUUGCUUAGGGAGGCACUCGUAGAUCCUCUGCUGUCACGGUACUCUGUUAUCAUGGUGGAUGAAGCUCAUGAGCGAUCCCUCAGUACCGAUAUCCUCCUAGGUAUCCUGAAAAAGAUCAUGAAACGACGGCCGGAGCUUAGGAUUGUGGUCAGUAGCGCAACCUUGCAAGCAGAAGAUUUUCUGCGAUUCUUCGCUGGCGAGGAAUUUGACAGCAGUCCGGAAUCCGGUGAAAUUGGUGGCAAGGUGGGAAGGAUCAUCAGUUUGGAAGGUCGCAUGUAUCCGGUGGACAUGCUCUUUCUCGAGAACCCUGCAGAGGAUUAUGUCGAGCGCGCAGUCAAAACCGUGUUCGACAUCCAUCUUCAAGAGGCGGAAGGCGAUAUUCUGGUGUUUUUGACUGGCCGGGAGGAGAUUGACACUACGGUGCAGAUGAUUGCCGAACGUGCCGCAACACUGCAUCCCAAGGCACAGAGUAUACUUCCGUUACCACUUUACUCUGGUCUCACAACAGAUCAGCAAAUGUACGUGUUUGAACCGACACCAGAGAACACCCGCAAAGUCAUCGUGUCGACCAACAUCGCCGAAGCAUCUGUUACUAUUAACGGGAUUGUGUAUGUCAUCGACUGCGGCUUCGCCAAAUUAAGAGCUUAUAACCCCCAGACUGGCAUAGAAACACUGACCGCAGUGCCCAUAUCAAAAGCAGCGGCUGUUCAGCGUGCUGGCCGAGCUGGGCGUACCAAACCCGGGAAGUGCUUCCGCCUCUACACGCAGCAGGCCUAUGAGCAACUUCCAGAGGCCACCGUUCCGGAGAUUCAGCGGUCAAACCUAGCGCCUGUAAUCAUGCAGCUCAAGGCUUUGGGUAUCGACAACAUCGUCCGAUUCGACUUUUUGACCUCCCCUCCUACAGAGCUUGUUAUUCGCGCAUUCGAGCUGCUGUACUCUCUCGGGGCAGUUGACGACUAUGCCAAACUCACAAAGCCUCAUGGGAUGCGGAUGGCAGAGCUGGCAGUCGAUCCUAUGAUGGCAAAGGUGCUGCUAUCAGCGCCAUCUUUUAACUGUCUAAGCGAGAUCCUCUCUAUUGCCGCCAUGGUGAGUCUUCAAGGGACCGUAUGGGUCCAGCACGAAGGCGACAGAAAGUCAUCGGAGAGCCACCGCAGAAAGUUCGCAGUCGAAGAGGGUGAUCAUUUAACGUAUCUUAACGUGUAUCAAGCGUUCAUCACCAAAGGAAAGAAGGACUCCAAGUGGUGUCGUGACAAUCUUCUAAACUUUCGGUCUUUGCAACGGGCUGUGAGCAUUCGCGCCCAGUUGAAGCGAUAUCUGGAGCGCUUUGGAAUCCAAGUCGAUGAGACUCUCUCUGCAAGGUCUCGGCAAGAAGACCCAAGUAAGCUUGCGGAACAGAUUCGUAGGUGCCUUACUACGGGCUAUUUCGCACACGCUGCGAAGAUGCAGCCCGAUGGCACCUUUAAGACGGUGAGCGGAGGCCUGACUCUCCAUGCUCACCCGAGUUCAUUGAUGUUUAAUCGGAAAGCCGACUGGGUCAUCUUCCAUGAGAUCUUACAGACCGGCGAGAAGACCUUCAUCCGUGAUGUGACUAAAAUCGAGAAGAAUUACCUCCUCGAAUAUGCCCCAAACUAUUACCAGGUUUAUUAGGCUAUAGGAGAUAGAGAGUAUCUUGAUGGGAUACAUUUGAUGGCGAAUCCACUAGCGUUUCUUAUUGACGACAUGCACUGCCUGUACUAUACCCGCCAGCGUUGACCUC